UUUUGGAAGAGAUGUGAUGGCAUUUUUCAGCAACUUCUUUUUCUCUUGUUAAGCCAAUCAUCUAUCUACUAUAUAAUACUCAUUACCAAUACCUCAGCGCAAUCAAUUUUUCUUGCUCCUUGGCAACCCAAAUAAGAAGAUAAAAUUUGCAGCAAGCCCAUUAACUAGAACGGAAUCAGCUUAACUACUUUGCUGUUUCACGAUCAUAUCACCUGCUAUCGGCAGCAUCUCGAAGCAAUUCAAUAUAAUGGCGGGAACAAACUGGGUCAUUGAGGUGAAUGAAAAACUUGAAUCAAUAGAUAAUUAUGUGGAGGCUGAGCGCUGGAAGCAACGCUCAAUCUACAAAGUGCCUGCAUGCGUCACUGAUCUCAACAAGAAAGCCUAUAGGCCUCAGGCUGUCUCCUUCGGUCCUUAUCAUCAUGGCGAAGAUCACCUGAAGCCCAUGGAGGAGCACAAGCACCGAGCUCUCCUCCAUUUUCUCAAGAGAUCAAAUAAGCCCAUACAACUUUUCGUUGAUUCUUUAUCUGAAGUCGUGCAGCUUUUAAAGGACUCCUACGAUCCGCUUGAUUCGUACUGGCAGCAGGACACUAGUAGAUUUCUGCAACUAAUGAUUCUUGAUGGCUGUUUCUUGCUGGAGAUCUUACGCAUUGCUACUGACCAGAGCUUGGAUGACUAUGCUCCUAACGAUCCGGUCUUUAGCAAUCAUGGGAAGCUCUAUAUCAUGCCCUAUAUCAUGCGUGAUAUGCUCAUGCUUCAAAAUCAGCUCCCAAUGUUGGUUCUUGACAAGCUGGUUGCUGUUGAAAGCGGCAAAGAAAAGGAUGAAGAGUUCGUCAACAAGCUCAUCCUCAAGUUCUGUUUUCCUGACGCUCCUGUCUCCAGCCUGGGCAAGUGCUUGCACCCAUUGGAUGUCUACAGGAAAAGUUUACUUCAAAAACAAGUUGGCAGAGAAAAGCGUCGCAUAUUACGAAGUAGACGACAAAAAGGUGGUAAUAAUAUUAUCAGGUCUGCAACGGAGCUCAAUGAAGCUGGAAUCAGAUUCAAGAAAAGUAAAACUAGAAGCCUGAAAGACAUCUCUUUCCGUGGCGGCGUGCUUAGGCUUCCAGUGAUUGUGGUGGAUGAUGCAACUGAGUCAAUUUUUCUGAAUUUAAUGGCCUUCGAGCGCUUCCAUGUAGGUGCAGGGAAUGAGGUGACAUCCUUCAUCUUUUUCAUGGAUAAUAUCAUUGAUAGCGAGAGGGAUGUUGCCCUCCUACACUCUAGAGGGAUCAUCCAGAAUGCUGUUGGAAGUGAUAAAGCUGUUGCUAAACUCUUCAAUUCUCUCUCUAAAGAUAUUACUCUCGACCCAAAUAGCAGCCUAGAUUUUGUUCAUAAGAAGGUUAAUGCCUACUGCAGAAAAGCGUGGAAUGAGUGGCGUGCCAAUCUUAUCCAUACCUAUUUCAGAAAUCCCUGGGCUAUUCUCUCUCUUAUUGCUGCAGUCUUCCUUUUUGCGCUCACCAUUGUUCAAACUGUAUAUACUAUAUAUCCAAUCUACCAUUCCAGUGAAUCUCCCUCUCCUCCAAUGGUUUCUGUAACACCUUCUCCGCCAAUAGUUUCUGCAGCACCUUCUCCUGCUGCUCCUCCUCUCCCUUUUCCAAAACCGCCAUUACCUCAACUGCGCCACUGAUUUCCAGUUUUCAUGUCUUUGUCCCCACUUGAAUGCAAGAGCACAAAUACUGAAUGCUACAAGUAAUUAAUUUCCUUGGCCAAGGGUUGCUCUGUAUUCGGCGUCCGCUAUGGUUUUCCUCCACUAAUUUCUGCUAUCAAUAAUAUAGCCGCAUCAGAUGUCGAUUUUUAAGCACAAGCUUCGCUUGCUUACAGUUCUUUUUUUCCUCUCAUUGCAAUCUUGUUUAAAUCUGAUAAAAUCAUGCCAUCUUGUGCAUGAUUUAUUUUUUCUGUCAGACUGUCUUGUACUUUUUAGUUGAAUGAAUUGAAUUGAAUUCCUGCAA